AUGUGUCCGAUUUUACGUGUUACAUCAACUGGAUGUCUAUUCUUUAUGGUGGCCAUAUCGGAUCUACUUUAUUUAUUGGUAUCAAUUUUUGAGUUUGUCGAAGUCGGUAUAGUACAACGAGCAAUUUUUCUAUCUGUUUACGACAAUGUCUGCCGCUUUCGUUGGUUUUCAAGAGGAAUGAUUCGAUUUUGUUCAGCUUGGACUCUAGUACUCAUCGCGAUUGAUCGUUGGAUAAAAGUUUGCUUUCCUUUCAAGGCCAAUAAAUGGUGUACUCGCCGUCAUGCAUGGAUCGCAGUUAUACUCCUUAUUCCGCCUGGUAUUUGUCUUCAUGGUCAUAUGCUAAGUACACAACUAUUUGGUAGAUUAUUUCCUGGUAUUCCAUCAGCAGCAUGUGGACCUAUUGAUCCAACCACAUAUUAUCUUUACUUCUUUUUUGUUCAUUGGCCACUGAUUCAGAUUAACUUCUAUGUUCAUUGUCUGGCAUCGAAACUAUUUCGUAACGAAUUUCUUCGAUGUUUCAAAAUAAUAAAGCAAUCAAAUGGAACAACGAUAACUAGUAGUACUGCAGGACUCACUGCAAAUGGUGUAGCAUUCGUCACAAAUGCUAUACCUCUUGUCGAAAUACAUCAUAAUCGGUCUCGCUAUUAA